ACGACUUUUCGCUCCUUCGUUUCUUUAUUUCUCACAGGCAUCUCAAUUCCCUUUUCGCCAGUCACAAGUCACCUGGAUUAAAACAACAGCAACAACAACAACAAAGAAAAGAAAAAACAAAACAAUCUUUUCCGACGUGCACUUCACUCGAUGUGAAAAAGACAGAGAGGGAAAGGAGAGCAGAUAAAACAGAAGCAAUGGGAGCGUUCAGGGUGCUGCUGGGGACUUUACAUUACAUGGGACUCUACAUGCAACUUAGUGUCUCAACGAGGCAAGCUGGCCACGGCGAGGUACAGAAUCACAUCUCUGGCAACGCUAUGUUCACAGAGGUGCCUCAUGAUAUGACGGCUCAGAGAGGUCAGGAUGUCGAGAUGGCCUGCUCCUUCAGGGGAGCAGGAAUGCCCUCAUAUUCACUGGAGAUCCAGUGGUGGUACAUCAGGAACCAUCUCGACUGGACGGACAGACAGCCCUGGACAACCAAUGAGGUGGCUCCUGACGAGGAGAUGCCAAAGGAUGCUACCAAGAUAAGUGUUGUGAAGGUUGUAGGAAGCAACAUCUCCCAUAAACUCCGCCUCUCCCGAGUCAAGCCGUCUGAUGAGGGCACCUAUGAGUGCCGUGUCAUUGACUUCAGUGAUGACGCAGGUACCCGCCACCACCGUGUGCGCGCUUACUUGCAGGUGGUGCCAGAGAGCGACAUCAUCGACAGCAAUCACAACGACAACUUUGAGGCCCUGGAUGACACCAAGAGAGGAGUGGGAUUCGCUGAUGGGGACGAUGUGGAGUCUCACGGUGGCACCAAAGAGCAUGCUCAUGGUCACCACCAGAAUCACGGGCACCACCAGGAGAAUGGCAAGCGGCCUUCAUCGGCGGCUCACCAUGGCCACAGCCACGGUGGCAGCAGUCAGCAGCACAAGGCAGGCAGGGAGCUGAGGAAGAGGGACGUGGACAGUAACCACAGCCACAAUGACUGCUCCAACGAACCCAGCUGUACGCUUUAG